CAUAAAACCAUAUGCUGUAAGCUAAUUAAUCCUGAAAAGAUUUUUCAUUGAGCAGAGAUACAAAUACUCUCUCUCAAAACCCUAAAUCCGCAUUCUCCUAAUUAAAUUCAUUUUUUCUGUAAAAAUCUGAAGCAUGAAUCACUACAACCAUCAUCAUCAGGCUCCAGCGGUAUAUCCACCACCCCCCACCUCAUACCCUCCGCCGCCUGCCGGCGCAUACCAAGGGUAUCCGCCUCCGUCGUAUCCACCACCACCACAAGUUCAUCAAGGAUACAAUACUAGUACUCAAGGCGGUCCAUAUGUUGUUGCACCACCAGUUGCUUACCCUAUGAAAAGUGAGGGUCCUGGAGCUGGAUACCCCCAACAGCCAGCUCCCUAUCAGCAGCAGCAACAGCCACCUCCCUAUCAGCAGCAGCAACAGCCACCUCCCUAUCAGCAGCAGCAGCCAGCUCCCUAUCAGAAGCAGCAGCCACCAAACUCUCAUCGCCAUCACAGAGGUGGUGGAUUUUGGGCCGGAUGUUGUUCUGCCAUGUUUUGCUGCUGCCUCUGUGAUUUAUGCUGCUUGCCCUGCUCAGUCUUUUAAUCUUUUGGAAGAUCAUCUGUUGUUUGUAACUAUAAAUUUGAUUUGUAUCUGGUUCGUGCGUGCACCGACCGGCCGGUCUCUCAAAUCUCAAUAAUCUUUCCUUAAUUCUGCCUAUGCGAGCUGGUUUCCAUACAGUGAAGAUUCAUUCUCCUACGUGUAAAGUUUUGUAAUAUAUAAUGGUACACGAUUUUUGACACACAUUUUGUGUACUUCGUAAUAUAAUUCAACGAUUUCAACCGCAAUUUUUAUA